ACGGCCACAGUUGGAGGCCACACUGCACAACUACAAAACCGCCGAGGGAAAGCUGAGCCAAGACAGUGAAGACAAUCGCCGGGGGUACGAGGCCAUGGUGUUGCACUGCCGCAGGUGGGUGGAGCACGCCGUGGACAACCUUGGUGUGCCGUACGACGACGAGGCCGAGGUUUUCGAGUUCGGCAAUGGGGUGCGCAUUGAUGCGUCCGACUACCCCGAGCUCGUGGCACGCACCCUCGCCCGCAUGAGGACGGCCGGCGCCCUUGCAUGAGUGGCGGAGGCAGGUGGUGAGGCGUGGUGGAGGUGGGGCAGCUGGAGCAGAACGAGGGGGGGGGGAGAAGCCAACAAUGGCAGGCAUGCGUGGCGGCAGCAGAAUAGACUUGGGCAGCAGAAGCGGAGGAGGCCAGGGCAGCAGCGGCGGCAAAGGCCAGGGCAGCAGCGGCGGCAGAGGCAUGGGCAGCAGCGGCGGCAGAGGCAUGGGCAGCAACGGCGGCAGAGGCAUGGGCAGCAACGGCGGCAGAGGCAUGGGCAGCAGCGGCGGCAGAGGCAUGGGCAGCAGCGGCGGCAGGGGCAUGGGCAGCAGCGGCGGCAGAGGCAUGGGCAGCAGCGGCGGCAGAGGCAUGGGCAGCAGCGGCGGCAGAGGCAUGGGCAGCAGCGGCGGCAGAGGCAUGGGCAGCAGCUGCGAGGCAUGGGCAGCAGCAGCGGCAGAGGCAUGGGCAGCAGCAACGACAGGCAUGGGCAGCAGCAGCGGCAGAGGCAUGGGCAGCAGCAGCAUGAGAGUCAUGGGCAGCAGCAGCAUGAGAGUCAUGGGCAGCAGCAGCAUGAGAGUCAUGGGCAGCAGCAGCAUGAGAGUCAUGGGCAGCAGCAGCAUGAGAGUCAUGGGCAGCAGCAGCAUGAGAGUCAUGGGCAGCAGCAGCAUGAGAGUCAUGGGCAGCAGCAGCAUGAGAGUCAUGGGCAGCAGCAACAUGAGAGUAAUGGGCAGCAGUAGCAUGAGAGUAAUGGGCAGCAGUAGCAUGAGAGUAAUGGGCAGCAGCAGCAUGAGAGUAAUGGCCAGCAGCAGCAUGAGAGUAAUGGGCAGCAUGAUAGUCAUGGGCAGCAGUAGCAUGGGGGAGCAGAAGGGGCUAUGGCAAGGGAUAAAGGGAGGAUGAAUGGAGGCACGGAAUGGCCCAGGGAUGGAAGCACAUGCAUGAGGAUUGGACAAGUGCUGGAGUGAGGAGCAUACUAAGGGAUGAUGGGUGGAAGCAGAUGGUAGUGGCAGAUGCAUGGGAAAAGGGGCGCAGCAGAGGCAUGGGUAGAGGGGAGCCUGAAAAAUCAUGGGAAGAGGAGCAUGGAAAACAAGGGAGGACGGGAGCAGGAGGGGCAGAAGGAUGUAGCAAAUGUGAGGGAUGGAUAAUGUGGCAUGUGUAGAGACGCCAGGAGGCAGCUAGGGCGGCAGGAGGUGCUAGGGCAGCAUGAGGCAGCUAGGGCAGCAUGAGGCAGUUGGGGCAGCAUGAGACAGCUAGGGCAGCAUGAGGCAGCUAGGUCAGCUUGAGACAGCUAGCAAGGGGAGGGAAGGGGGGGAAGCAGCAAGAGGAAGGUCGGGCAGGGGGGAGGGAGCUAGGGCAGCAGAAGCAGCUGGUGGCAGCAUAAGCGCUAGGGCAGUAGUCGCAGCUGGGACAGCAGAAGCAGCAGGACAGCAGAAGUGGCUGGGGCAGGAGAAGCAGCUAGAUUAGAAGUAUAUAGGGGCAGGAAAAAUCAGCAAGGGGAUCUAAUAUGUGACACCAGGCAAUAUUAGCGGUGGUAGUAGCAGGAUCGGUGAAGGUGGCUGUAUAGGUGUUUUAGGUGUGAUUAUGUAGGAUUGUAACCAGGUUUUUUUAGUGCAUUUAUUAA